CUUGAUGGCAAUAACCACAUCUAUGUUAUUGCUUAUGCUGUUGUGGACAUUGAGAACAAAGACAAUUGGAAAUGGUUUUUAACUUUGUUGCAUGAAAUCUUGGGGAUUACAUACAGAAUGGGUGGAAUUUCAUGUCAGACAUGCAAAAGGGACUUAUUCCAGCUUUACAGGAAGUCAUGCCUGGUGCACCUCAUAGAUUUUGUGUCUUGCAUCUUUGGAAAAAUUUUACAAAGCAAUGGAAAAGCAAGGAACUUAAAGGAAUUGUGUGGCAAUGUGCAAAAUCCACUAAUGUUGCUGAGUUUGAAGGCCAUAUGGCCCAUUUGAAGACAAUCAACUGCCAGGCUUGGGAGUAUUUGAAUAAAUGGCCCAAACAAGCAUGGACAAAAGCCCACUUCAGUACAAUACCCAAGGUGGACAAUAUAUGCAACAACACUUGUGAGGUAUUCAAUUCCAGAAUUCUGCAGUAUAGAUGCAAGCCUAUUAUCACAAUGCUUGAAGAAAUUAGAAGUUAUAUCAUGAGAACCAUGGCUGCUCGCAAGGUUAAACUUUCUGGAAAACCUGGACCAUUAUGUCCAGUGCAGUAUAAAAGACUAGAAAAAGAAUUCCAUUUUGCUAAUCAAUGGACUCCCAUUUGGUGUGGUGAUAACAUGGGCCUGAGAUAUGAGGUUCACAUGUGGGGGAAUAAGGUUGAGGUCAAUUUAGGUGAAUGGACAUGCACUUGUGGAGUAUGGCAACUAACAGGGAUGCCAUGCCGACAUGCCAUUGCAACAAUAACUCACAAAGGAGGGAAGCCUGAGGACAUGUGUCAUGAGUGGCUGCCAAUAGAAGCUUAUAAUAAGACAUACCAGCAUUUUAUUGAACCAGUCCAAGGACCACAAUAUUGGGCCCAGACACAGUAUACACACCCUGUUCCACCACAUAAAAGGGUCCAAAGAGGAAGGCCAAAGAAAAAUAGAAGGAGAUCUGUAGAUGAGGACAAUGUCACAGGACAUAAGCUAAAGAGGAAAUUGGCUGAGUUUACAUGUGGAAGGUGUGGCCAAACCAAUCAUAACAUUAGAAGCUGUAAAAAUAUUGGAGUUCCUGUUAGGCCAAAGAAAUAUGUUGCACCAUCAACUUCAAAUGAGGAUGACCACCUAUUAUCUCAAGAUGAACAAGCUUUGAAUGAGGCUGAAGAAGCUGCUGCUCAUGUUCAACAAGAUCCGGUGGAGAUUAAUUUAUCUCAGCCUCAUUUGUCACAAGAUAGUGACAUGGAGUUGAUGGUAAAUAUUUGUCACAACAAAGUAGUUUUAUCUCAACCUAAUUUGUUGCAGCACUCCAUUUUUAUAUAUUACAAUUAUUCAUGUUUGGCAUUUACAUGUAGGUCCCUGCAACUAUUGUUCCACCAAUGGCAAGGAAUAAGCUAA